AUGGAAGAGAUGAUGAAACCACACGUAUGUGAGCCCAACUCCGUUUCCUCGGCACUAGCUAUGCACAGGGACUCGUACGUAGUAUCCAAAUUCAAACCGAAGAUCCGCAUAAUCCACAUAUUUGCACCGGAGAUCAUACAGACCGACGCCGCUAACUUCCGGGAGCUUGUACAAAGACUCACCGGGAAACCCACCGACCGUAGAGGCAGGAAGAAGAAGUCGAGGUUCAUUGCAGCAGGGCAAGAGUCCACCAAAGCGAUCACCGAGUUGACGGACGGGUUCAACAAUUCAGGCUACGGUUAUGCUGAGGGGAGAAUUAUCAAGGAAGAAGAGAUGUGGAGAUGUGAGAACUCGACGACUGACUACUUGGGCGGAUUCGAUUUUGAUAGUUUUAUCAAAGGUUUUGAUGAUUCUGAAAUGGAUGGGUUUGGAGAAGCUCAUCUCUCCUCAUCUCUCUUGGAAAUGAUAUAG